CUUCCUUGCUUCUUUCACCGCUUUUUCCUCUCAACUUAUAUUAUUUCCUUAUUACAGAUAUAUACGUGUUCCAUUUUCCAAUCAACUCUCUUACUACAUUUUCUUUCUCUUCUAUAUAUGUUCUCUGCAAUUCUAACUUAACUAUUUCAUUUUUAAUAUAGUACUUGUACGUAUUUGGAAAAUCAUGGUGGGUGAGAUUGAUACUAAACCAAUUGAACCGGUCCAGAAUGCGAUAUCCUUGUUUGGAGAUAAUAAAGCUGAUCCGAAUAAAUCUCAAUCUGCAAGGAUUCAUAAGGUAAGCAUCGCACUCUCUCCCACAACAACUAACCUCUUAUUAGUUCAAAGUCAAAAUUUUAAUGACUUAAUUGUCACCCUACUCUUAUUUUCUUUAUAUGUUUGUGAACAGCUAACUUGUGAAAAAGAGAUUGAAGACUUGAGAAAAGAAUUGGCCAACUUGAAGGUUCAAUUGGAAGCAAAACAUGCUGCACACAUGCAAGCGCUUCUCAAGCUUGAACACAAUCAAAAGAAGAUUCAUGAACUUUCCACACUCUUGAAGAAAUGCGAUCUCGAAAGAAAAAAGAACAUGAAUGAUGAUCCUACUACCAAACAUGAGACUGAGACUGAAUCAUCCAAGAUGAAGGAGAUGGCAGAGCUCAGCUCGUUGGAAGCCGCGAAACUUCGCGACCAGCUUUCGCAUGUUUUAUCGGAGUUGAAGGCCACACAGAGAGAGCUUCUUAACAAAGAAACAGAACUUGUUGCCGCUAGAGACUUUAAAUUGAAAGCGAUUGCGGAUGCGGAAGAGAUGAGAAACGCAUUGGAGAUCGAGAAGGAACAGAAAGAAGAGAUAAUGAAACAAGUGAAGGAACUUAGCGAAGUGAUUCAUAGUUCGAAACUUGAUGAUGCAAUUGAAGCAGAGAGAGAGAAUUUUGCUGCAGUGUUGUCUGAGAAGGACGAAAGAAUUGCGUUAGCAGAACAAGAAUUGGAAGAUAUGAGAAAUCAAAUAGAACAAAACGAGAGAAAGAUCAUGGAUCAAUCGACACAAAUCGGAAUAAUGGAGAUAUAUAUGAAUCAGUUAAAAGAAGAGGCUAUUAGUGCAAAGGAAGAAAUAAACGGUUUGAAUAACGCAAUAGAAUCGGUAACCGGCGAAUUACAGAAGGCGAAAAUUGAACUGAACAUGUAUAAGGAGAGAGACAUCGAAUCGCAGGUGGAGAUCGCAUUACUGAAAUCGCAGUUUCAGGAGCACAGAUUGGCUUACAUUCACCAAGAACAUGAAAAUCAAGAUUGGCAGGGCGAAUUGAAUAUGAUAACAAGGAUCGGAUCUGGAUCUGAAGAAGUGAGAAUGAACAUGGAGAACAAGAAUGGUGAAAUCGCAGUGGUGGCUGCGGGUGCAGAAUUGCCGUGUGAGUUAGCAUCAAUGAAGAAAGAGCUGAGAAUGGCGGCGGCGAAGAUGGCGGAGCUGAGGGGGCGAGCAGAACAGGCUCUAAGCAGGGCAGAAGUUGCUGAGAAGGCGAAAGCAGCAUUGGAAGAUAAAAUAGCGAGGCAUAGGGAACACAGGCAGAGAAGAAAAGCUGCUUUAACCGCACUCAAAGAAGAAUCAAACCCUAAACAGUUUAGUCCUUCUUCACCUGAUUCAACACUUACCCUGCAACAGCCAUUGGGUAAGGUUCUCAAUUUGAAGGUGUAAAAGGUCACUUCACUCCUAUUUUGAAUGUAGUUAUUGUUUUGCUGUUACUCACUUAUUACUUGUUUUUGGUCAUUUUCAAUUUCAUCUGUUUUGUAUCUUAUUAAUUUAUUAUUAU